ACACAGCAGAUCACCAAUCAACGGAAAGAGCCAAAGAUGUCGGUUCAGUCAUGUGAUCAGCUGUGUCCAAUCACAGCUGAUCGCAUGGGACAUGUACACUGAUCAUCAAUGUAGCCCCAGCAGUGCCACCUGUCAGUGUCCAUCAAUGCUACCUGCUAGUGGCCAUCAGUGCCACAUCCAUGCCACAUAUCAGUGCCUACCAGUGCACAUCAAUGCCACAUAUCAGUGUCCAUCUGAGCUGUCUUUCAGUGUCACCUAUCAGUGCCAGUCAGUGCCACCUAUCAAUGUCAGUCAG